AUGGACACUCUUGGGAUGAUAUACACUGCGGCAGAGAUCGCCAACUUGGACCCGAGAAGAGGCAUGCGAAAAUACAACGUUUUGGUCAUCAAUCCCAACUGCUCGACGGACAUGACAGAUGCCCUCAACCCUAUUUUGGACAGUCUCAACUACGGAGACGUGCAUUUCGACUACUUCACAGCGCCACAGGAAAAGAUUGCGGUCAAUGGAACCUGGUGCGAUCCAAUCCCCAGUAUCAACUCAGGCGAAGAAUCAGCAAAGUCAGCAUUGAACUGUUGGCAAGUCAGGGAAUUCCUUGAUCGUUACGAUGCCUUCCUGGUGGCCUGCUACUCAGCCCAUCCAUUGGUUGGCAUGCUGAGGGAGGAUAUCCAGAGCCUUGAAGAGACAUCACCAAAUACCCGAAACAAAUACGUGACGGGAAUAUUCGAAGCAAGUAUCACAGCAGCACUGUCAAUGAUCAGUGCAUUUACCUUGGAGAAGCCCGUUUCUCCAGAACAAGGAUUGCACAAGCAUCAAAUACCCGAUACAUUCGGAAUCAUCACUACCGGCCACGCAUGGAAAGAAGAGCUCGGCAAUGCAGUUACGGAUAUGCUUGUUGGCAUGGCCCAAGCUCCUUCUACACGCUUUGCUGGUGUGGAAACCACUGGGCUGACAGCUAUCGAGCUACACACGACCCCGCCAGAAGAGGUGAAACGACGGAUUAGCGAGGCCACUCAGCGAUUGAUCCAGAAUGCCUCUAAUCCUGUCCAGGCUAUCUGCCUGGGAUGUGCAGGAAUGGCUGGCAUGGAGGAGGCAGUACGAGAAGGCUGCAUCCAAGCCUAUGGAGAGAAGGAAGGUCGUCGGGUCCGAAUUGUUGACGGGGUGGUCGCUGGUGCUGGAAACCUGGUGACGGCCUGCAAAGCAGAAGUUUUGAUGCUAAUCUCAGCGCUACAACCAGAGAAAUCAUCACGAUCCAAGCCGGCCAGUGCGGCAACAACAUUCUGGCAGCAGCUUUGCCAGGAGCACGGAAUCAGCCAGGAUGGGAAUCUUGAGGAGUUUGCGACCGAGGGUGGAGAUCGCAAGGAUGUCUUCUUUUACCAGAGUGACGACACCAGAUACAUUCCUCGAGCAAUCCUUCUUGACUUAGAACCUAGGGUUCUCCAUGGCAUCCAAUCUGGCCCCUACCGCAACAUCUACAACCCCGAAAACUUCUUCGUUGGGGAACAGGGUAGCGGAGCAGGAAAUAACUGGGGUACAGGAUAUGCUGCUGGAGAGGGUGUACAGGAGGAGAUUUUCGACAUGAUCGACCGAGAGGCAGAUGGAAGCGACUCGCUAGAGGGCUUUAUGCUGUUGCAUUCAAUCGCAGGAGGAACUGGAUCUGGGUUGGGUAGUUUCAUUCUGGAACGGAUGAACGACCGAUUCCCUAAGAAACUCAUCCAGACAUACUCGGUCUUCCCCGACACGCAAUCGCCCGAUGUUGUGGUCAACCCUUACAACAGCGUGCUCACCAUGCGGCGAUUGACCCAAGAUGCCGACUCAGUGGUGGUUCUGGACAAUGGCGCUUUGUCGAGGAUUGCGGCCGAUCGACUCCACGUUCAAAAGCCCUUGUUCCACCAAACCAACCAGCUUGUUUCGACGGUUAUGUCAGCCUCUACAACCACGCUGCGGUACCCUGGGUACAUGCACAAUGACCUGGCGGGCAUCAUCGCCUCGCUUAUUCCGACGCCGCGCAGUCAUUUCUUGCUCACAUCCUACACGCCUUUCACAGGCGACAACAUUGAACAAGCCAAGACGGUGCGGAAGACGACGGUGCUGGAUGUGAUGCGUCGCCUGCUGCAGCCCAAGAACCGGAUGGUCUCGAUCAACCCCAGCAAGUCCAGCUGUUAUAUUAGUAUCCUCAACAUCAUUCAGGGCGAGGCUGAUCCGACGGACGUGCACAAGUCCCUGCUGCGCAUCCGGGAACGUCGCCUGGCGUCCUUUAUCCCCUGGGGACCGGCGAGCAUCCAGGUGGCGCUCACGAAGAAAUCGCCGUACCUGCAGAACACACACCGGGUCAGUGGACUGAUGCUGGCCAACCACACGUCGGUCGCGACGCUCUUCAAGCGCAUCGUCCAACAGUAUGAUCGCCUGCGCAAGCGCAAUGCCUUCAUGGAGCAGUACAAGAAGGAGGCACCUUUCUCCGAUGGCCUGGGUGAGUUCGACGAGGCGCGGGCCGUGGACUGCACUAAGCCAGCACAACGCAUCGUCGGCGACUGCAGCUUCUGCCACGGCCACUUCUGCUCCGCCCACCGCAUGCUGGAAGCCCACACCUGCACCGGGCUGGAGGACUGCAAGAAGGAAUCGCAUGCCCGCAACGCCGAUAAGCUGAACAGCGAGCGGACGGUGGUCGUCAAGGGCGUAUGA